AUCCAUCAUUACCUUUCUCUUGAUCUCAAGCAAUCUUAUUGAACUUUAAAAAUAACCAUUUCUAAUCAUCUUAAACCACCUCAAACCAGAACCAGAAAUGACAGAAAUCGGACCAUUACCAUUACCAAGCUUUUUAAUUGAUCCUCAAGAUGGAGAAUUCACACCUUACGAUGCAAGAUCUUUAGUGGAUCCAUCCGAUUCAUCAGACCAAUCAGAACACAAAAUCUUACUUACUACCAGCACCAAACCAUCACCAUCACCAGUAGGACCACCAUCGUCAUCAAGUCUAGGAUUCUCACCCAUGACAUCAACUCCUACUAACACGACUAGUACCAGAAGUCGAGCCACAUCAGAUGCGCUUGAGAAACUAUUAUCGAUCCAAGCUCAACAAUUAACAGCCAUAGGUGAAGCAUGGCGAGCCAAGUUUUCAUUAAACAGAUUAACUACUUGUCAUGAAUCCAACUUGAAUGAACCGUAUGAUACUCAGAUCAAUGGACUUUCAAAAUCUCAAAGAUCUUUACGGUUGGCUAGUACUCGCAGUCAUGGGUCUAGUGUUUCAAAGAAUGAAAAGGAAAAAAGUUGGAAUGAUGGUACUAGAUGUUCAGUAGAUUCACUUUCGAAUCAUGCAUCGAUGUUUGAAGAAACGAAUGAUGUUCAACUUGAUGUAAAAGAAGAAGAAGAAGAUCGAUUAGAAACUCGUCAUCAAGACUUCACACUUCUUACUGAAGCGGUUCUUCAUGAAUUUCUUCAUUCUACUCAUCACUCUAUUAUCGAUCAUAAAACUUUGGUCUUGGAUUGGUUAAACCAUUCUAACUUUAAUGAUUCAGACAACUUUAAUGGAUUCCAAACUGAUGAGCUUUAAAUCCCUCUUGUUUUCUUUAUUCUCUUCUUCAUCUUUCUUGUUCUCUGUAACUCUUGUAUCCUUCUUUCACUACCGCAGUGUUUCUUUUUUUCUUUCCUUAAGCAUUUUUCUUAUUCUUUCUUUCUACUUUCUUGUCUCCUUUUCUCCUUUUCUCCUUCUCCUUGUCUUUCUCAUUAUCUUAUACUCGAUUUGUUUAGUCAAAAAUUCUAACUUGUAAAACCAACACUCUUUUGUAUCAACUGCAUUUUUGCUUUCCAUAGAUUCUCUCAUCUUUGUAUUUCACCUUUUUCUCAGUACUUUUUAUUUUGAAAUUCACACUAAAUCUGUUUCUGAAGU